CCCAAAAGCAAGAUAAACUGAUCUCUCCUCUGUCUACACAGCACUUGUAGAGAGACAACGCAGCUGUGUAAAUCAGGAGUAAAAUGUUAACAGUGAGUGAGGUGCUGGUAUUUUUUGUGCUGUCUCUGCUAUUAAUAGAGUUUCUGAAAUUGCAAUGGAUGCGAAGACAUUUUCCUCCUGGGCCAACUCCAUAUCCCUUCUUUGGAAAUCUGCUGCAGAUGAACUUCAAAAUUCAUCAUGAGCAUCUUAAAAAAAUGGCCAAAAUUCAUGGCAAUAUCUUCACCUUAUGGCUUUCAAACACUCCUGCAGUUGUCUUGCAAGGGUUUCAGGCAGUGAAGGAAGGUCUGACUGCCCAUGCUGAAGAUGUUGCUGGAAGGCCCGAAGAGAGAAUCUUUCAAUUUCUAACACGUGGAAAAGGUGUUUUGUUCUCUAAUGGUCAUCUCUGGAAGCAGCAGAGGCGUUUUGGAAUGGCAACAAUGAGGAAGAUGGGAUUAGGGAAAAAAGAGAAGGAUUAUUUACUGCAAGAGGAGGCUGCUGUCUUGGUGGAAUACUUACAGAAAACAAAUGGAAAACCUCUGGACCCCACUAUGCCUGUUGUUCAUAUGGUCGCAAAUGUCAUUUGUUCAAUCAUGUUUGGACAUCGUUUCUCCAGGGAUGAUGAGAAUUUUCACCGCCUGAUUGAGUCCUUUGACUACCUGGCAGCAUUUUUGAACAGCGUCUCUUUUUUUAUGUAUGAGUUGUCUCCCUGGCUUGCUGGUCACUUUCUGCCAUCAGUUAAAAAGAUGAAGUCCUGCAGAGCGUUUUUGGAUACUCUGUUUGUAAAGGAACUUGAAAGUCUCAAAGGAAAAAGAAACCUUGAUGAAAAUCGACAUUUUAUUGAUUACUAUUUGGAUGAGAUAGAUAAAACUAAAGGAGAUCCUGAUGCAACUUUUGAUGAAGAAAACUUGAUCCAGGUUGUUGCUGACCUCUUUGUAGCAGGCAUAGAAACCACAGCCACCACUUUACUGUGGGCAUUGCUCUAUAUGGUGAUUUAUCCUGACAUUCAAGAGAAAGUCCAGAAGGAGCUGGAUGCUGUUGUGGGUUGUUCCCAUGCGUUUUGCUAUGAGGACAGGAAAAGGUUGCCCUACACAAAUGCUGUAAUUCAUGAGAUCCAGAGAUACAGUAACAUACUCUUAAUUGCACUGCCCAGAAUGAGUGUGAAGGACACAGAGCUGCUGGGAUAUCGCAUUCCAAAGAACACAGUAGUUUUAGCAAAUAUUGAUUCUGUUCUGGCUGAUCCUGGAAAAUGGGAGACACCCGAUCAGUUCAACCCAGGCCACUUUCUGGAUAAAGAUGGAAACUUUGUAAACAGAGAAGCAUUCUUACCAUUUGCUAUAGGGCACCGUGUGUGCAUGGGGGAGCUGUUGGCAAGGAUGGAGCUCUUUAUUGUCUUUUCCACCUUGCUACAAGCAUUCACAUUCACCCUGCCAGAAGGAGUGAAGGAAGUCAACACCAAGUUUGUUUUUGGGAGCACAAUGAAGCCUCCUCCCUACCAGAUCUGUGCCAUUCCUCGAUAGGAAAUGGCAGAUUCAGGGAAGAGUCACUCUGUAAAACGGCUUCUUUGUGAAUUCCUUCUUGCAUGUCCUAAGA